CACUAAGCCCCCAUCACUUGUAAUCAGAAUUAGCAUCUUACGUACACUGAUCAGCAACUAGUUCGUGCUCACAAGCUAUGGCUCAAAAACUCUUCCCCUGCUUCACUUUUACCCUGUUUUUACUUGGCCCCUUAUCUCCCUUCAUUUACAAGUAUCCCCUUGUUUAUGGCCAACUUGAUUACAAUUUCUAUGCUCAAUCAUGCCCCUACUUGCUGAACAUUGUUAGAUAUAAUGUUUUCUCAGCCAUCAGAAAUGACACCAGGAUGCCUGCAUCCCUCCUUCGGCUGCAUUUUCACGAUUGCAUCGUAGAUGGAUGUGAUGCGUCAGUACUUCUUGAUGACACAAAAGAUCUGACGGGCGAAAAGAAUGCUCCUCCCAAUAACAAAUCCCUUAGAGGUUUUGAAGUAAUCGACAACAUAAAGGCAGUUGUUGAAAGAUUUUGCCCUUCAACUGUUUCUUGUGCCGAUAUAUUGACUCUGGCAGCGAGAGAUGCCAUUAGUUUGGUUGGAGGGACUUAUUGGCCAGUUCCAUUAGGCAGACGAGAUGCAACAACAGCAAGUCUGACUGCAGUUCUUCAACAAAUACCAUCACCUUUCGAGACUCUACAGAAUAUCACUGCCAAGUUCACAUCAAAGGGUCUUGACUUCAAGGAUGUUGUAGUCCUCUCAGGAGGACACACCAUAGGAUAUGCCCAGUGCUUCGCCUUCAAGCGGCGGCUCUUUAACUUCCAAGGCUCCGGCAAGCCUGAUCCUACACUAGACUCUUCGCUCCUCUCCAACUUGAGAAGCAUGUGCCCAGACGGAGACGCACCAAACAGCAACGUUGCUCCCUUCGACACAAGUCCUACCAUGUUUGACAAUGCUUAUUACACAAAUCUCAGAAGCAACGCAGGGCUUCUUGAAUCUGAUCAAGCAUUAAUGGGGGAUCCACAAGCUGCUGCAAUGGUUUACAGUUACAGCAUGAACCCUCGUCUUUUCUCUUCUGAUUUCGCAGCGUCGAUGUCAAAGCUCGGUAAUGUCGGAGUGCUCACAGGAAAAAAUGGGGAGAUUAGAAAGAAAUGUGGAUCUGUGAAUUAAUUAAGAUGGACCCAUUAAUUAUAAAUGUUAGUUAAUGCACUGUACUGCAUGGAACUUCGAUCUCUAUUAUAAUUAAUGUUGGAAAAAGGGCUAUCUUCUAAUAAAAUAUAGUACUCACUGCAA